CCUUCUCCCGCCACCAGGCAGGAUGACCGUGGUAUCAACAGACAACGUGGACGACACCGCCACCCUGCCAGGACACCCGCAGGACCCCUACCCUCCUGAUGAUGAUGGCCACGAUGAACACGACUGCUGCGAGCGAGUGGUCAUCAAUAUCUCUGGGCUUCGCUUCGAGACCCAGUUGAAAACUCUUGCCCAGUUCCCGGAUACUCUCCUGGGGAACCCCAAGAGAGUGCGCUACUUUGACCCAUUACGAAACGAGUACUUCUUCGACCGGAAUCGCCCGAGUUUUGAUGCCAUCCUGUACUACUACCAGUCUGGAGGCAGGCUGAGGAGGCCAGUUAACGUGCCGCUGGAUAUGUUCUCAGAGGAGAUAAAGUUUUAUGAACUUGGGGCAGAGGCCAUGGAGAAAUUCAGAGAGGAUGAGGGCUUCAUUCGGGAGGAGGAGCGGCCUUUGCCAGAGAAAGAGUUCCAGAGACAGAUAUGGCUCCUAUUUGAGCAUCCAGAAAGUUCUGGACCAGCCCGGGGAAUUGCAAUAGUCUCAGUGAUGGUUAUUCUGAUUUCUAUUGUCAUAUUCUGUUUGGAGACAUUGCCGGAACUGAAAGAGGACCCCAACGAUCGGCUGCGGACAGUGGGGAACUCCACCAUCUAUUACAAAGCAAAUAUCCUCACAGACCCCUUCUUUGUUGUGGAGACACUCUGCAUCAUCUGGUUUUCCUUUGAGUUAAUAGUUCGCUUUUUUGCUUGCCCCAGUAAGGCAGCAUUCUUCAAGAACAUGAUGAACACCAUCGAUAUCGUGGCUAUAAUCCCGUACUUCAUCACGCUCGGAACAGAGUUAGCUGAUGAUCAAGGUAACCGAGAGGGUAAGGCUGGAGGGGAACAAGCCACCUCUCUGGCUAUCCUCAGGGUCAUCCGUCUGGUGAGGGUGUUCAGAAUCUUUAAACUGUCCCGUCACUCCAAGGGGCUCCAGAUUUUGGGGCAAACUCUGAAGGCCAGCAUGCGGGAGCUGGGCUUGCUCAUUUUCUUCCUCUUUAUUGGUGUGAUUUUGUUCUCCAGCGCUGUCUACUUUGCAGAGGCAGAGGAAAAGGAAUCCUUCUUCAUGAGCAUCCCCGAUGCUUUCUGGUGGGCUGUGGUAUCCAUGACGACAGUUGGCUAUGGGGAUAUGUACCCCGUGACCAUCGGAGGCAAGAUCGUGGGUUCGCUGUGUGCCAUUGCUGGAGUGUUGACCAUCGCACUGCCCGUCCCCGUCAUCGUGUCCAACUUCAACUAUUUCUACCACAGGGAGACAGACGGGGAGGAGCAGGCCCAGUUGCUGAAUGUCAGCAACCAGAACUUGGUGUCGGACACCAACUCCAGCCGCCGCAGCUCAUCGGUGGUCAGCAAGUCUGAAUACAUGGAGAUUGAUGAGGACAUGAAGAACAGCAUUGACAAUUUUAGGGAAGCAAACCUCAGGACUGCCAACUGCACGGCACCGAGCCAGAACUGUGUCAACAAGGUGAAGCUCCUCACCGACGUAUGAAGCGCCCCCUAGCCACCGCUGUAAAUAUUGUAGAAAUUUACGGAUGCUUUAUACCUCACUGGUGCAUUUUCCACCAAUGAUCCAUUCAAACUUUAUGUGUGAAGAUUUUGAGGCACACGUGAUGAACGAGCUGCUCAGUUAUGUCAUGAAAAUACUCUGGCACAGGUGCGUCUGCAAAAGGUCAAGAUGACAAAGAAAUGAAAAAAUUUCUGAUC